AUGUUUACAGACUUAGAAUUUAAUUACAAAAUAACAACAGAAGCUAUGGACAAAUUUUGCCAAAACGACAUCGAAAAGUUACGCGUUUGGACCCAAAACCUAGAUAAAACUAAAUGUGUGCCAAGGGAUUUAACAGAUAAACAAUUAGUGUUAUUUUAUAAUGCUUGUUAUGGUGAUAUGGCGAAUACGAAACUGUGUAUAGAAAAGUACUAUCAGUGCAGGAAAGACUUUCCUGAAUUUUUCAAUAAUCGAGUGUUUAAUGCAGAUUUGAAGGCAUCUGCAGAAGUUUUUGAGUUCUCAGUUUUGCCCGAAUAUUCAAGUAAAGGCUACGAUAUCAUAUAUAAUCGCCUAAACGACGAUAACGUCUGGAAAUUUAAUCUAAUAAAUGAGAUCAAGUUGCUGCUUAUGACAGUCGAUCUCUGUUUGACAAAACGAGGUCCUCGACCAGGGCUUAUUUUUAUCUUCGAUUUGCAAAUUAAAUUCGGACAUCUAUUGAAAAUGAAUCCAUUAAUAAUUCGAAAGUUAAUCCUAUAUCUUCAAGAUGCGCUCCCUGUGCGUAUGCAUGCUAUACAUAUACUCAACGCAGAACCUAUACUAGAUAAAUUGAUGGGACUUUUAAAACCGUUCAUGAAUAAAAAAUUCUUUGAUAAAAUUACAUUUCACAACAAGAAUGAAAGUCUGGAAAAGUUUUAUGACAUUGUACCAAGAUCUUCUUUGCCUCCGAUCUAUGGAGGUACCCUUCCAAAUACUCAAUUACUUCACAAGAAUUGUUUAGAACAACUUCACUCACUAGAGAUGUACUUCAAGUCUGAAGAGGAACAGAGACUUGUGGCAUUGUCUACCUGA